AUCUCUAUUUUAGAGAAAAAUAUAGAAGCAUACAUUAGAGAUGCUCAUAGCAGAAACUAUAAAACGGAGAGGCUGACUCUCACAAAGAUGAAGAAUCACAACUACACUACAAACAUAAGAGUUCAGAAGAGAAUUCCAAUAGCAAAACAAAAAUAACAUUCCUUCAAAAAAAUGGGGAUAUCCGCAUUCGAAUGGGGAGAAAGGCAACUAACGCUGCUGUAUAACAGAGACAACUUUGAUACCUGGAUGAUAAACGGGGCGGCUUGGAAUGUCGAGGUGUUGAGUGGUUGGGCUCAACCGAACGGUGGGACAUGGUGUGGUAUCUCUAGAAAUGGCCGAGUUGCUUUUCUUGUGGACGCAAUGAUCUUUGACGGUUUAAACAAUUGCGUCUCUCUUCCUGCUGAGUUCUUGCAGGGCCACAUGAGUCCACAAGACUUUGCAAAUGAAAUAGCUACAGACCCUUUGAGAUACACCGGGAUGACCUUUAAGCUAAUUGUGGCAGACAUAACUUCAAACUCUAUGUUUUAUAUCAACAAAUUAUCUGCAACUGUGCCACAUGUUCGUACAGAACAAGUUGCUUUUGGGGUGCAUAUCCUUUCUUAUUCCGGACUCGAUGGCCACCUUCCCAAUGAUUUACGUCUGAAAGAUUUUUUCAAUGAGAUGAUUGAUGAAUAUAAAAACGAAGAGCAACCAUCGCUUAGGGAGACUGCUGAGAGGUUUAUGUAUGAUCCAACCGAAGCUGUGGAAGGAAAUAAGCUGACAGCAUUUUUUGUGGACUUUGAAGUAAGAGAAUACAGUAAUUGGAUUCCGAUAAAAGAAGGACGCUACAGAACAACGAGUACAACAGCAUUGACCGUGAAACCGACUAAUGAAGUAAAGUUCUAUGAGAGGUAUUUGGAGAAUGGCGAAUGGAGAGACCAUCAAGUAUCUUUCAACAUCGUCUAGUUUUUAACCAACAUUGCUCAGCAUCUAUCUGAAUAUUAUAUUAUCUCUAUUAUCGUAGAUUAUUGUCUCUCUUUCUCUUUACUUUCACCUUAAUUCA